GUAACCCUCACCUGAUUAGUGUACAUAGUAUCUAUUAGGAAUUUACUGACUGACAAUGGCAGAAAACAUCUUAGAGAAGUUAGAUGUCCUCAAUAAGCAAGCAAAGAUAAUCUUGGCCAGAAGAGCAAAGAAAAACAGACUUCAGAGUGAAGGAAGAAAAAAGUCUUCGGCUAUACCCCUGACAUUUGAUUUUCAGUCGGAAUGUGAAGAGGCUAUUGCUACAUCCACAUCUAAGUCAGUGUCCAAGAUCACACAAGACAAAUCAUGUGGCAUUGAAUCAAAAAAGUAUAAUUCUUUCAAAUGUGAGCCUGAACCUAUAAAGAGUGACAUCAAAAAGUCAAAUUUAAGACCACACUUUGUUCAAAGAAAUAUAAGAAAGCAAGAAAGUAAGCCAAUAGCUCAAAUUGAAAAGAAGACUAGGAAAUCGUUGGAUUCUGUUGGCCAUUUAGAAGAUUAUAUAAAUAAAAGAGGAAAAUCUCCACAGAUGAAUGAUUUUAAUACAAAAGAAAAUAAAUCUAUCAGAAAUUAUCAAUUAAGUGAGUAUUGUUCAAUAAGAAAGAAAAGCUUGCUCCCUUUGUGCUUUGAGGAUGAGUUGAAAAAUCCAAAUGCCAAGAUAAUCAACAUUAGUCCAGCAAAGACAGUAACUUCUCAGACGGAACAAAGUGACACAAAUCCCAUAAUUUUUCAUGACACAAAGUAUGUACAAAUGUUACUUUUGACAAGAAAUAGAUUUUCUACCCACUCUUUGGAAAAUGAAAACAUUUACCCAUGUGAAAAAACAAAUUUUGUUCUUGAAAGAAAUUGUGAAAUCCUCAAAUCUUUAAUUGGUGAUCAAUCUGUUACUCCUUCCAAACCCAGAAAAACUAUGCCUACAACAAGGAGAAAGGGUGUACAAACCAUAUCUUUUGAAGUGGGCCGAAGGAUUGUACAUGAUACACUAAGGAAGAAAACCUGUAAGCAAUCAUUAGGAAACAAAUCUUGGAAUACAUUCUAUAAUUUCUCACAGAAUGUUUCCAGCCUAACAAAAAAAUUUGUGGAUUACCUUGAUAAAACUGCUAUUCAAGAAAUGAGCACUAAAACUGGAAAAUUUGAAAGAACGUUUUCUGCAGUAAAACCAAUGAACACACACAAAUUCCGUGCCUCACCUGUCAAAUAUUACCCAAAGCCUUUUGAAAAUAUGCAUGAACUAAAUAAUGUAACACCACUGGAUGGUUUGUUAAACUUGCCAAGUGAAAAUUAA